AUGGCGGCUCUUCUAGAGUUCACUGACCCAACAAACCUCCACUCCUCCUUCAACCUCCCCGAUUUCUGCUCCCGCAGCUCCCACAAUUCUCCGGCAGCCUUCACCGGCUGGCACUCAGACCUCGAUGUCCACAGCUACGUUGGAUUCGAAGACGCACAGCUCUUCGACGAUCUAUGUCUCAAUUUCACGGGGGAAUCAGAUGCCGCCGCGCCGGCCGUUCUGGCGACGAAGCAGAACGUUGGCCAGCGGAGGAGCGAAGGCCGCGAGAUGAAUGCGGAGGAGGUGAAGAGAAGGAAGAUCGAAGCGGCCGAAUACAGGAUUGGGUUCCGGACGAAGUCAGAUGUGGAGAUAAUGGACGAUGGAUUCAAGUGGAGGAAGUAUGGGAAGAAAGCCGUGAAGAGCAGCCCUAAUCCAAGGAAUUAUUACCGAUGCUCGAGCUCAGGCUGCGGAGUUAAGAAGAGAGUGGAGCGAGAUCGCAAUGAUCCAAGCUACGUGAUAACCAUCUACGAAGGAACGCACAAUCACAAAAGCCCAGAUGAAAGCCGGCACCCAUAUAUGUCCUACGAGGUGCCUCAUUCUUCUUCUCCCUGGUCUUCCUGCGCCCAAAUAAUCCCUAAUCUGACGCCUAAUUUUACCUGGAACACGCAGUUUGCUCCUUUUUCUUAUACUUGA